CCCUAGGCUGGUGAAAUUACAAGUAGGCAUAUAUCAAGUGUAAACAAAUGUAUAGAACUUUUUCCGAUUCAAGAAGAUCAUGAACUGUGAGGAGAAAGUACAUUUUGUAAUAUAAACAUUAAAUAUUGGCACAUGCCUCUGAAACAUGUUCACCAGUCCAGUACCCUUUCACAUUUCCCAUAGAAAGUAUUUCCCCACAUCAGAUCUCCACCUGAGCUGUUAACACUACAGCAGGAGGCCAUGAGGGUGUGAACAGAAAAAAAAACAGAGGAGCAGAACGAGAGAACGAGCAGUGGGCUGCGAUUCCAUUCAGCUGGCAUCCAAUAAGGAGGCUGGGUGAUGAAAAGGGGCGUGUCCUGUUCUGAGUAACAUCUGUGUGUGUGUGUGUGUGUGUUUGCAAGCGAGAGACAUAAGGAGGUUGGAAGGGCGUUUGUUUGAGAAUGCUGGCAGCAGUGUGAGGGGCUGAGAGAACCGGUUGGCUGAGGAGGGAACAGCAUAGAUGUGAACAUUUUGAACACCUUUCUGGAUUUAGAAACACCGGAGCUUCAUUUCAGCGAGUUUGCUGUGCAGCCGAUCAUGUUAACUCGAGAGGGAUGCCUUUGGCAGAUGGAGUCUGAGCAGAGAUGCAAAGGGUCUUUGUGACAGAGACGGGUCUAGAUAGCUGAGGCACUUGAGGGAGGAACACCAGCCCCUUACCCUUUAUCCCUCACCCUUGACCCUUACCCCUCCCCCUCCCCUCAAGGAGCCAUGGCGCCUCGUAAACGUGGUGGUGGAGGUCGUGGCGGAUCCUUUAUCUUCUGCUGCUUCCAGAGCAAUGACCACCCGGAGAUCACCUACCGGCUGCGGGAGGACUUUGUCCUGCAGACCAUGGAGCCCACGCUCCCCAUUCCCAGCUACGAUGAGCUGGACUGCAUGUUCUCUGAACUUGUGGAUGAGCUGGACCUCACAGAGAAGCACAGAGAGGCCAUGUUUGCAUUGCCUGCAGAAAAGAAAUGGCAGAUCUACUGCAGCAAGAAGAAGGAGCAAGAAGAGAAUAAAGGUGCUACGAGCUGGCCGGAGUACUACAUCGACCAGCUCAAUUCAAUGGCAGCUAGGAAGACUCUUCUGGCUCUGGAGAAGGAGGAGGAAGAGGAACGCAACAAGACCAUAGAAAGCCUCAAAACUGCACUGCGGACACAACCUAUGAGGUUUGUCACUCGUUUUAUAGACCUGGACGGUCUUACCUGCAUCCUGAACUUCCUGAAGAGUAUGGACUAUGAGACCACGGAGUCCCAAAUUCACACAUCCCUCAUCGGCUGCAUCAAAGCACUGAUGAACAACUCGCAGGGCCGAGCUCAUGUGCUUUCUCACCCCGAGAGCAUUAACAUCAUUGCCCAGAGCCUGGCCACCGAGAACAUCAAGACCAAGGUGGCCGUGCUGGAGAUCAUGGGAGCUGUGUGUCUGGUGCCCGGAGGUCAUAAGAAGGUUUUAGAGGCUAUGCUGCACUACCAGAAGUUUGCUUGUGAACGGACACGGUUUCAGAUGCUUCUAAAUGAUCUGGACCGAAGUACGGGGCGGUACAGAGAUGAGGUUAGCUUGAAAACAGCCAUCAUGUCCUUCAUUAAUGCUGUUCUGAGCCAGGGAACUGGAGAGACCAGUCUUGAGUUCAGGGUACAUUUGAGAUACGAGUUCCUCAUGUUGGGGAUUCAGCCAGUCAUUGAUAAACUCAGGUCACAUGAAAACUCUACAUUAGACCGGCAUUUGGAUUACUUUGAAAUGCUGAGAAAUGAUGAUGAACUGACUUUAUCCAGACGCUUUGAGAGUAUACAUGUCGACACUAAAAGUGCAAGCCAGGUGUUUGACCUUAUACGCAAGAAGAUGACUCACACAGACGCAUACCCGCACUUUAUGUCCAUACUGCACCACUGCCUGCUAAUGCCAUAUAAGAGGAGCGGGAACACAGUGCAGUACUGGCUGCUUCUUGACCGCAUUGUCCAACAGAUGGUCCUCCAGAAUGACAAAGGUCAUGACCCUGAUGUCACCCCUUUAGAAAACUUUAACGUCAAGAAUGUGGUUAGAAUGCUCGUCAAUGAAAAUGAGGUCAAACAGUGGAAGGAGCAGGCUGAAAAGAUGCGGAAAGACCACCACGAGCUUCAGCAGAGGUUAGAGAAGAAGGAAAGAGAGUGUGAAGCCAAAUCCCAAGAGAAAGAUGAAAUGAUGCAGACGCUCAACAAGAUGAAGGAGAAGCUUGAGAAAGAGACUGGAGAACAUCGACUGGUUAAGCAGCAAGUGGCAGAGCUUAGUACCCGUCUUCAUGAUCUCAGCACGAGGCAGGCAGCUAUUGUACCCGGUGGUCCCCCAGUCGUCCCCGGACCCCCAGGUGGUCCUCUCCCCCCACUUCCUCCUCCACCCCCAGGAGGAAUGAUGCCGCCUCCUCCACCACCUCCUCCCUCUGGUGCCAUGAUGCCCCCACCGCCACCUCCUCCACCUGGUGGCCCUCCACCUCUCCCUGGACGCCCUCUUGGUGGCCCACCGCCUCCUCCAGGAGCCCCUGUAGGCCCAGCUCUCAAGAAGAAGAAUAUUCCCCAGCCAUCAAAUCCACUGAAGUCCUUCAACUGGUCCAAGUUGUCUGAGAGUAAGUUGGAGGGCACAGUGUGGGCUGAAGUUGAUGACAACAAGGUUUUCAAAGUCUUAGACCUGGAAGACAUUGAGAAGACCUUCUCAGCAUACCAGAGACAACAGGACUUCUUUAUGAUCAAUAACAGCAAACAGAAAGAGGCCGAGGACGACAUGCUGAGCUCAAAGAAAGUCAAAGAGCUCUCGGUUAUAGAUGGCCGACGGGCACAAAACUGCAAUAUACUGCUCUCACGCUUGAAACUCUCCAAUGAGGAAAUGAAGAGAGCUAUCAUGACUAUGGAUGAACAGGAAGAUCUGCCUAAGGAUAUGCUGGAGCAGAUGUUGAAGUUUAUCCCAGAGAAGAGUGAUGUGGAUCUGCUAGAGGAACACAAACAUGAGCUGGACCGCAUGGCAAAGGCAGAUCGUUUUCUCUAUGAAAUGAGCAGAAUAAACCAUUACCAGCAGAGGUUACAGUCUCUGUACUUCAAGAAGAAGUUUGCAGAGAGAAUCGCAGAAAUAAAGCCCAAAGUUGAAGCUUUAAUUAAAGCCUCUAAAGAGGUGCUGCACAGCCGAAACCUUAAGCAGCUCCUCGAGGUUGUUCUGGCAUUCGGAAACUACAUGAACAAGGGUCAGAGAGGGAAUGCUUAUGGUUUUAAAGUAUCCUCGCUCAACAAGAUCGCAGAUACCAAGUCUAGCAUUGACAAGAACAUCACUCUUUUACACUACCUGAUCACCAUCCUAGAGAAGAAGUAUCCAAAAGUCAUGCAGUUCCAAGAGGACCUCCAGAACGUGCCAGAAGCCGCUAAAGUCAAUAUGACCGAGUUGGAAAAGGAGAUCAACAACCUGCGCAGUGGCUUGAAGAAUGUGGAAAGUGAGCUGGAUUUCCAGAAAAAGCGUCCACAGGAGGUGGGAGAUAAGUUCGUGUCUGUGGUCAGCCAGUUCGUUACACUGGCCAGUUUCAGCUUUUCUGAUGUAGAAGAUUCCCUUAAUGAAGCCAAGGAACUGUUCGAUAAAGCAGUGAAGCACUUUGGUGAGGAUGCUGGGAAGAUGCAACCGGACGAGUUCUUUGGCAUCUUUGACCAGUUCCUGCAAGCCUUCACAGAGGCUCGGCAGGAGAAUGAGAACAUACGGCGACGCAAAGAGGAAGAGGAGCGCCGGGCACGCAUGGAGGCACAGCUAAAGGAGCAGCGAGAGAAAGAAAGAAAAGCCCGGAAAGCCAAAGAGAGCGGAGAGGAUAACGGGGGUGAGUUUGAUGACCUGGUGUCAGCGCUGCGCUCCGGUGAGGUGUUUGAUAAGGACCUGUCCAAAAUGAAGCGGAACCGCAAACGCAUCAACAGCCAAACCACAGACACGGGCAGAGAGCGACCCAUCACUAAACUCAACUUCUGAGAUAUGUCCACUUUGGCCAUCCACAAUGCUUAACCUUCUCACCUAAGGCCCAUUCUUUCGUAUGUGCUAUCCAGAACUGUUCUAUUCCUUCACUGGACAAUACUGCCUCAUGGUGGGGGAUACAGGAAGAGCACUCAUUUGCAACAUUUGGAAAGAGGACUUGGCCUAAAGGUUUUGCCCACACAUUUUGCCCCUUCUGACUCUGAGGACUGAAUUGGGGGUACUGGUUAUAAAGUUGAAAGAUGAGUAUAUAAAUUCUAAGACUAUGCUGGUGCACCAAGACUACAGAAUUGCAAGACAAGAACAAAUUGCUAGUCAAAUCUGGAUUUAACCCAGGAAGAAAACAAAGCAUGGGUACAACAAUCCUCAUUCAUAAGUAGACCGACCUCACAUCUUUAUUUAAAACAAAAACACACACAAAAAAAAACAACCCUAUAAUUGCAAGAGUCCAGUCAUCAACUCAUCAGCAAGAAUGAGUCAUCAGCUCAUUCUUGAAAUUGAGGCAUGGCAUGCAGGAUAGAACUUAUCUAUACGUGUCUGGACCUGUUAUCUGGAAAGCCUAGUACAUACGUUAAAAAAAAAAAAAGACCUCCAAUGGUGAAUCCACUAGCAACAUAAUGUGCUCCAAGAUAAAACUUCAUAAAAAUCUUACUGCAGAAAACAGACCUGAAGAGUCCAACACAACAGUUAAAUGGCAAUGCUUUUUUUCUUUUAUUAUUAAGGACCAUUUUUAUAUAGUAUGCUUUUAUUGAAUACUAAUAACAGUAACCAGGGUUAUGGGGUCUUUAUGUUGUUUAUUACAUCAUUAUAGAGAAUAGCAUUGGAUAUCAGACACAGGCUGGCUGAAGAUCAUUUUUAAAGUUAAGUUUUAGAUAAGGAGUGGAGCCCAGGCCCACGUCGUUUCAAACACUGUGGAUGCUCCUUUGUGCAGAUUCUAUGCAGUGAUGUUAUUGGAUCUUUCCUCAGACACUUUGCAGACUGUCAUGUGAAAUCUGUAGGCUUAUUUAAAAAGAAACGUACCAGUAAGUAAAUCAAUGCAAGAGACUCUCCCUCAGCUCUUCCUUCCUCACUGGAUAUAUUCCAGUAUUUUUAUCCACAGUGUAUGUUGUGACAAUGUGAUAUGCCUACCUUGAACAUUUGUAAUUUAAAAAAAAAAGAAAAAAAGCCUUCCAUUGUAAGAUGGAGCUUAAGGGAGAAUAAAUGGGGGAAAAUGUAAUACUUUCUGUUGAGUAUAAAUGUUUUCCAAAAUGUGCAACACACUAUUGCCUAUUUAAAUGCUAAACAGUGUGCAAUUCAACAUCACCUCUGAACGAUAAAAUUCAACUAGUAUGAAGUUUUAACCUUCAGAUUGAAUAACUCUUGCUAAACCUAGUGG